GGCUGGGGCUGGCAGGGUUGAGAGUGUUGGGUCUGGGGGGUGGGGAGGAGACACUGCUGCAGGCAAAAGCUUCCGGGAAUCCAGCUGGCUGGGGGAGGAUGAUUUCCUUGUAACUGGAUCUCAAGGCAACCUCCCACUGAUUGAGUUUGAGUGUUUUUUCAUAAGUCUCUCUCCUUCUCCCUCCUCCAGCCCAAUCUCUCCCACUGCUUCUGCCUCUGGAAGUCCCUGGGUUCCCCGCUCCUCUCUGAGCCUCUGUUUGCCCACUUCCCAGCGCUCACCAUCCCUGCCCCUCCCUGCCCCUCCCAUCCGGGGCCCUCUCCCUCUGAAGUGAGCAGUUCACCGAGCUCACCUUUCUGCCCCAGUCCUGGUCCUCAGGGGUUCACCCUCCAGUCCCUCUGCCCCAGGAUGUUGCAGGUGAGCCUGUCCUGGCUGGGACUGGGGCAGCUUGCAGCCUCCCCAUGGGUGCUCCUGCUGCUGGCUGGGGCCACCUGGCUUCUGGCCCGGGUCCUGACCUGGAGCUACAGCUUCUAUGACAACUGCUGCCGCCUGCGGUGUUUCCCGCAGCCUCCGAAGCGCAACUGGUUUUGGGGUCACCUGGGCCUGGUGAAGAGCAAUGAGGAAGGCUUGAGGAUGAUAGAGGAUCUGGGCCACUACUUCCGUGAUGUUCAUCUCUGGUGGAUAGGGCCUUUCUACCCUGUACUGCGGCUCGUCCAUCCUAAGUUUGUUGCCCCCUUGCUCCAGGCCCCAGCCACCAUCGUACCCAAGGACAUGUUUUUCUACAACUUCCUGAAGCCCUGGCUGGGGGAUGGGCUCCUGUUGAGUGCUGGUGACAAGUGGAGCCACCACCGCCGCUUGCUGACACCUGCCUUCCACUUUGAAAUCCUGAAAUCUUAUGUGAAGAUUUUCAACAGAAGUGCAGACAUCAUGCAUGCCAAGUGGAAGCGCCUGGUGUCAGAAGGCAGCACCCAUCUAGACAUGUUUGAGCACAUCAGCCUCAUGACCCUGGACAGUCUGCAGAAAUGUGUCUUCAGUUUUGACAGCAAUUGCCAGGAGAGUCCCAGUGAAUAUAUUGCUGCCAUCUUGGAGCUCAGUGCCCUUGUGGUGAAACGGAAUGAGCAGGUCCUCCUGUACUUGGACUUCCUGUACAAUCUCAGCCCUGAUGGGCGGCGCUUCCGCAGGGCCUGCGAACUGGUGCACAACUUCACAGAUGCUAUCAUCCAGGAGCGGCGCCAUACCCUCAUUAGCAGAGGCUCCUGUGACUUUCUUAAGUCCAAAACAAUGGACUUCAUUGAUGUCCUCCUGCUGGCCAAGGAUGAAGAGGGAAAACAAUUGUCAGAUGAGGACAUUCGAGCUGAAGCUGACACUUUCAUGUUUGAGGGCCAUGACACCACAGCCAGUGGCCUCUCCUGGGUCCUGUUCAACCUUGCAAAACACCCAGAAUACCAGGAGCGCUGCCGGCAGGAGGUGCAAGAGCUCCUGAGGGACCGUGAGCCUCAAGAGAUUGAAUGGGACGACCUAGCCCAGUUGCCCUUCCUGACCAUGUGCAUCAAGGAGAGUCUGCGGCUGCACCCACCUGUCACAGUCAUUGCCCGCCGAUGUACCCAGGACAUCGUGCUCCCCGAUGGCCGUGUUAUCCCCAAAGGGAACAACUGUGUCCUCAGCAUCUUUGGGAUUCAUCACAACCCGUCAGUCUGGCCGGAUCCUGAGGUGUACAAUCCCUUGCGCUUUGACCCAGAAAUCCUCCAGAAGAGGUCUCCCCUGGCUUUUAUUCCCUUCUCUGCUGGGCCCAGGAACUGCAUCGGGCAGGCGUUCGCCAUGAGCGAGAUGAAGGUGGUGCUGGCGCUCACGCUGCUGCGCUUCAGGGUCCUGCCCCACGAGGAGGAGCCGCGCAGGAAGCCGGAGCUCAUCCUGCGCGCCGAGGGCGGACUUUGGCUGCGCGUGGAGCCGCUGAGCGCGCGCCCCCAGUGACCCGCCAGCUCCCGGCCGGGCGCAGCCGGACCCGCGCGCCUCGCUUUGCAGGUUCCCGGGGAUAGAAGCGCGUGGUCUCCCCGGCGCGAGCCUCACGGAGAGCCAGCAGGGGGCGCGUGGGCCCCGCGGGAAGGCCGGGGGUGGGGUGGGGCGAGGCGGGGUGGAGGGGAGCCUGGGUCUGGGCCCGGCCCUGAGAGCCCUUCCAGCUCAUCCCAGAUCCCCAAGCUGAUGGCAGGUUCUCUCAGAGCCCAUUAAGGGAGUCUGUCCCGUAGGCAAUAGGGAGCCAUGGGAGGUGUUUUUUUUUUUAACAGGAGAGGGACCAGCGUUAAGGACUGAGUUAAGGGGCAUGUUUGAGGUUCUGGGUCAGAGGAGGGCCCAUAGUGGCACCACACUCUGAUCGCCCUGACCUCUGUUCCUAUCUAAUAUACCCGAACUUUUCUUACCUCCUAAUCCUUCACUGUGUUUCUAUGGUUACCGUGUAUACUUAAACAUGGCAAAAUAUAGAUACUUUAUCCUGUGUGUCUGA